AGCUUUGCGCUGUUGACGUUGUUUUUAAAUAAAGUUUGCUCAAUUCAAACAAAAUGGCAGCGCCCGGUAACCCACCCGUGUUGUUUGCCAAAUAAUGUGAACGCAGCUAUUGAAUUCAUUUUCGCCGCAUUAGAAAUCAGGCUUUUCUUUUGUUCAUUUCAGAGGACGUAUGGCAGGCACAGGAAAGCCGGUUAAAAAGGAAAUCAAAAAGCAUAUUCCAGUCAAGACCUCCUUUACUUCACCUUUCACUUCAAAAUGGGGCCCACUUCCACAAGAAGACAUGCAUUUCAUCCUGAAAACCAUCAAGGACAAGCUGGUUUCUGCUGGUCUUGAAAAAAAAGAGGUGAAAGUGUUUCGCCCGUGGAGAAAAAAGAAAGCCUUGAAACCUGCUGCCACAGCAGAACUUGUUCCCCAUGUGACCCAGGACGGACAGGGACAGGAUUCCCCCCAAAACGGCUGGACAGAUGUGGCAGCGCGGAAACAAUUGGCCAUUGGCAUCAACGAGGUCACCAAAGCCCUGGAGAGGAACGAGCUCAAACUGUUGCUCGUGUGCAAGUCCGUCAAGCCGGCGCACAUGACGGAUCAUCUGAUCGCACUGAGCGCGACGAGAGGUGUGCCGGCCUGCCAAGUGCCUCGUCUGAGCCAGAGCGUGUCCAAGCCGCUGGGUCUGAGAAGCGUCCUCGCCCUGGGAUUCAGACGCUGUGCCUCCAGAGAAGGGGACGUAUUCACUGACGCUGUUGAGGCCAUUUCGCUCAGAGUGCCUGCAUUAAAUGUUGCAUGGCUACAAGCGGCGGCACCCAGAGAAACCCCAGAGGACCACGUUGACAUGGAAAAGGAGGAGGAGCGCGAGGUUGAAGAGAAGAAGGGCCGGAAAAGGAAACUUGAGUGUGAUUCUGGGGAAGUCACUGCGUCUGCAUCCUCCUGCACUCUGCAACCUCUCAAAGUGAAAAGAAUUAUUGCGAACCCGGCAAAGAACAGAAAAAAGUUGAAGACCAAGUCUGUCAAGUAAAUCGGACUCUGUCUAGAUAUUAUCAGGACCAUUGCUGUUUGCUAGCUUUUAAAACCUAGAACCCCCCCGGCUCAAGAGGUGGGAUCUACUGCAGUAUCUCAUUCACAUAAAAUCUCAUAUUGGGCAGAUAUUGAUCGAUUGUGUUCAAAGUUUGCGAUGAAUCAAAGCAUGCUUGAUAGGUCCACCAUUGAUUACAUUGAUAAAGAUCUGAAACACUUUCAUCUUUUGGUUUCAGCUUUUCUAAAAUGAGGAUCUGCAGCUUUUUCUUUUGAAAUUGUAUUGACUAUCUUUAGGCUAGUUGGUAGUUGCAGUCCUACAUUUAACAAUGUGUCAACUACUUAAUUUAUUUUUUUCAAUGGACAACCUUUUUUUACAGCGAGUAGAUCGGUUUCCGUACUGAAACUGUGUGACUGGAUGCGUCUUUCACGUUUUUUGGUAAUAUAAAACAUUUAACAUUAAACAGAAAUUUAAAAAAUGAUGUUAGUUUAUUUCACAGUUACACCCGGAAUUAAUGCACCCAAUGGAAAAUGCUAACUUUGUAUUUCCAUUGUCCCUGUUAUGUUAAAAAGAAGUGCACUACUCUUGGACCUUUUUAAAGUGAGUUUAUUCAAACAAAUAUCCAUGCUGGUAUAGCUGA